UAUCCUUUAAGCUUUAGCACCCGCUUCUCGAAGAGGCACUCUAUGUAGAUGGACAUGCAUUAACCAGGUCAACACCAGUGGGGAUUAUAUCUGUACUUUCUGAACCAUAUGAGAAACAAGCUCUGGGUCGGAACCCUCGGCAGCAGCUUAGCCACCUCUGGCUCACUGCUCAGAACUCAAAGUCAGUGACGUCAACUGCAGGAUGCAUUCUAGCAUACGUUUAGAUCCCUGAUGCAAAGCUUGAGAGUUGUUGUGACGAGUUUUGUCAUCAGGUCCUCUGGCCUUGCCUUCAUUGCACCGUCCCAGACAGCCAAAAAGCAAAGCUCUUCGAGAGGCGUCCUUCAAGUAGUACGCGCCCUCAACAAGCGUUUUUUUGCAGACGCUAUCAAGGGUGUGUGGAAAGAGGGCGAUGUCGACUCACUCCACGCUUAACUCAGCUAAAUGCACGCAAUCCACUCAGCGUGCGGUUUUGGACUACCACCCGAUACUCCCCCUCCACCAAUGUACUCGCAUACCCGCCUUCGCUCGCGCUCCCACUGAAUUCUUCAUGCAUGUUACUUUCCCGAGUAGCGAGAUUUCCAGCAUCAGCAUCCGAGAACACCUCCUGCGCAGUGCGGACCUUGUGGGGCUCCGGCCCGCGAGCUAUUGCGAGGCAUUUUAGUCCUAGUUUGGGCAAAUAUUAAUGCCCUCUCCAUAGCUCUGAGCGUCCAUCGUGCGAUUCAAGUCUAGACUUCUCGGACCAUAUGCCAUGACAAUACUAGAUCUCAGAUUCUACCUUUGCCUGUACAUUCGACCGUAAUUAAUAUGUGGAGCCCACACGUUAACAUGUUCUGGAUUGUUUAUCCACCGCCCCUGUGGUUCUGCCUACACUCUCUCCCUGAAGUCCGCCAGGCGCACCCAUCCUGAUAGAGCUGCGGAGUACAGAAAUAA